GCACCCGGAAGUGACGCAAAGUCCUCGCACUCGCGAAGUGACCCAUCAUCCAAAUAAGAGGUGGAAACCUAAUGCUGCUGCGAUAACACAGUUGGAGCUAAGUGACCAUGGACACUGUGUCCAGCCACAGCUCGUACCUCCUGCAGCAGCUCCAGGAGCAGAGGAUUCAGGGGCUGCUGUGUGACUGCAUGCUGGUGGUCAAAGGCGUCUGCUUCAAAGCCCACAAGAAUGUCCUGGCUGCUUUCAGCUCCUACUUCAGGUCUUUGUUCCAAAGUUCCCCCAGUCAAAAGAACGAGGUGUUCAACUUGGUUAUCCAGGAUGUCAGUGGCAUCGGCCAAAUAUUGGACUACAUGUACACCUCCCACCUCGACAUCAAUCAAGAUAACGUACAAGCGCUGCUGGACAUUGCUCAGUGCUUACAGGUUCCAAACGUGCAGAGCAUGUGCAACGCUUUCCUCAAGCCUUGUCCUCCACCAGUGGAGAUCCCAUCGUUUUCCCUCCCAGGCAUGCUGAGCUCUGAGCACGACUGCCUCUUGGGAAGCAGUCUUCCUCACGAUGUCGACCUCCACUGUCCCUCUGAAGCCCAGAGGCCUGGCCUCGGCAAUGACCUGGACCACACCAAAAGGCUGCCAGUUUCUGGGCCUAAUAGCAGCUCUAACUAUGACACAGCUGCCGUCACUCAGGCACCUAUAGAAAAACAAUUAGUCCAUGGCUACAAGCUCCGUAACUUCUACAGUAAACAGUACUUCAAAGAAAGCGCAAUUCAGACAAUUAAUGCAGCAAAUCAAGGCCCAGGUCCUUUGGUGGUGGUGGCGGAGCAGCAGUGUCAGCUCGGGGUCAACCAGGCAGGCAACAACACACCUGUAUGCUCAGGAAACACAGCUCAGCCUAAUCCUCCCAGCACAUCUGUGGCAGUGGAGAAGAACCCUGUCUCCUCUCUCACACCCUCAGACAAUUUAAAUGCUCCCAACUGUGACUCAGCAGACUCCAUGCUCAACGGGCCAGUGCGCCCCAAGAAGGCUGUUUACCUGAAAAAAUACAACUACCUGAGGUCUCAGAAAGCUUUGGAGGAGAUGUGUGCUGAGUCUGUCAGCGAGCCCGUCCUCAGCUUACCCAAAGAGAAUCAUCAAGAGGAGCCUGUUGUCCAGACUGAAGCGCCAGCUGCUCCUACUGAGGAAGUUACUGCAGGCGAGGAGAAGGUUCCUGAGACGGCGACAGAGCCACGACAACCCAGUCCUCCACCUGUGACCCAAGACGAGCAAAAUCUGAAGCCGCAGCAGCAGACGGGACACAAGCAGUACUGUUGUGAUGUGUGUGGGAAGAUUUUUAAGCACCCAAGCAACCUGGAACUGCACAAGCGCUCACAUACUGGCGAGAAGCCCUUCCAGUGUAAUGUGUGUGGGAGAUACUUCUCACAGGCUGGAAAUUUACAGACUCAUUUGCGGCGACACUCUGGAGAGAAACCAUACAUCUGUGAGUUAUGUGGAAAAAGCUUUACAGCAUCAGGUGAUGUCCACCGUCACAAAGUGGUCCACACAGGAGAGAAGCCACAUCUCUGUGAUAUAUGUGGUCGAGGGUUUAACAACUUGAGCAAUCUCAAGGAGCACAAGAGGACUCACGCCACAGACAAGACGUUCACGUGUGACCAGUGUGGAAAAUCUUUCAACACGCACAGAAAGCUUCUGAAGCACAAGACGCGCCACGCUGGAGAAAAACCACACAGCUGUGCCACAUGUGGGAAGUGCUUUGUUGGCUCAGGGGACCUGCAGCGUCACAUACGUUCUCACACUGGGGAAAAACCCUAUAUCUGUAACGCCUGUGGCAAGAGUUUCACCCGCUCCGCCAUGUUGAGGAGACACAGCAACAUGCACUGCAAGGGUGCUCCAGACGACAGCCCGGUCACAGACACCUCUGAGCAGGCGCCGUGUAGCUCAGACGGAGCAGCCUCGUUCUCUAAACCUGACGGCCACAGUAAAUCUCCUGCCUCUGCCAGUGAGCAGAAUUUCUCCACCAUGAUGCCCCACGCAGGGCUCGACAAACCCUUACCAACUACUCCUUCACCACCACAGCCGCCACCACCACAUAUAGACACUCCUUCCCCCAGCAUGCAACUCAGCCCAGCUUCCACCCCCACCCCCCUUCCAGAGCUCCGCUCCCUGGUACCACAUCACCUCCUCUCCUCCAACCACCAGGAGAAAAGCGCAGCCCUGGCUGCCGCAGACCACACAAAGCUGGGCAAACACCACCUGUCUCCGGAGGUGGUGUAUGGUCCGUAUGUGGAGAAUGGGAAUAUGUCGGUGGAGAUGGGCAGAGGUCUGGGGGGAAGGCCCUACCAUCCUCCUGCGGACAAUCACUGUAGUUCGCUUACAUCUUCUGGCAGAACCAGUAGUGGCUCCUACAGGUCCACUGAGGGCCAGUUUAUCUCCAGCGUGACACUGUGGGGCCUGGCAAUGAAAACUCUGCAGAAUGACAAUGACAUGGAGCAGUGAAACACAUUUAUAAGCAAAGGAUAGCCAGUUCAAAGGGUGCACUCCAGGUGGUCUUUAUUGUUGCCACCUUGCUCUUGGUUGGUUAAAUCUGUCUUGUAUAGAAGAGUUCAUUUGUUUUGCUUCAAACAAUGAAAUACAUUUACUCACAGGGAUGAAAAUCAGUGUUGUGAUGCUUCUCUGAGAGCUCCCCAGUUAACGAUGUCACAACAUAUGUGCACCCUUUGACAGCAGACGGAGGACACCCACAGUGAUGUCAGUGAUUAGGGUGCCAGCUGUAGAGCAAAAUGCUUGAAUAUUAAAGAUGAAUGAAAGAGCGGUGUGCAGCUUUUGUCUGUGUGGAUCUUCCCUUUAAUAUCCAAUUUCCAAUGAUGCAUCAGAGCUUAUAAAGAUAUUCUUUUUUAGUUUGUAUAUACAGCACUGCACUUUAAAAUGUAAUAAAAUGCAGACCUAUUUUUAAUUAUCAGAUGUCAAAUAUUGAUUAGUAUUAC